AAUAUUAUUAUUAUUCUAUCAAUGGCUAUAACUAUAAGCUAUACCCUUGUUCUAAUUCCAUAUUUUCUUCAAUCUCAUUUUGAUAUUUCAUAUGCUUUUAGAUGCUUAGAUCAUACAUUCACAUCUAAAGGAGUCUACACUUCUUGUAAAGAUCUUCCUCAUUUAUCAGCUCAGCUUCAUUGGACCUACAACUCAACCAUGGGUGUAGCCGAUAUUGCAUACCGGGCCAGACAAGGGGCCGGUGGUUGGGUUGCGUGGGCCAUCAACCCGAACCAAAUAGGUAUGGUUGGGUCAGAAGCAUUAGUGGCAUUUGUCAACAGUAAUGGAAGUGUGACAGUAUAUCCAACAAUGAUAACUAGUUACAGCCCGUCGAUGCUGCCUUCAGAUCUUAACUUUCCUGUUUCGGGCCUUUCGGCUGAGUUUUUGAACAAUGAGAUCACCAUUUAUGCGACUGUGGGCCCGUUUGCAAGCGGGUCUGUUGUUAAUCAAGUAUGGCAAGCUGGGAAUUUGGUUUUAGAUGGUGUCCCUCAAAUGCAUGCGGUUUCUCAACAAAAUCUUCAAUCAACUGGGCAGCUUGAUUUCUUGUUUGGUUAAAUAUAUAAAUAAAAAAUAAAAAACACACUUAUGCAAGUAGUUUGAAUACCCUUAAAGUUUAAGAUAUAUGUUACAUAUUUUAUCUCGUGUUAUGUCAUAUCAGUAAUUAAACAUGUAAAACAUAUCAAGAGACAGGUUAUAAUCAGUCAACGGGAAAAUCAAGUUGCUUAUUGAUUAAUUUAGCAACCGGAUUAGUAUCACAUGGCUCGUAUGGAACAAUAAUACCGGAUCAAACCAAACAUCUUAAAGUUACUUAUUAUGAUUGUAUCAAAAUGUAAUAUGCACAUUAUGGCUUUAAGAAUAAAGAAACAUCCCUUCAUCA